AUGAGCCAAACAGAAGGCCCAAGUCCGCGACGUUCCCCAGCGCGACAUGCCAAGUCCCCCACAGACCAUGCUGCUGCCGCCGAUGCUGCCCGCCAAAAACAACUCGCCGACCACCUCGAAAUGUAUCCGCCCAACACUGUCGUCCCGGGUUCUGAGGGCUGGACUGCUCCUGCUUUCCGUAUCUUCCUCGAGUCAAGCAUCAUGGGCAGCCGCGAGGAGGUACAGCCUGGCCACCGCUACUACCCCAUCCAUGCGUAUAUCUUGACAGCGUUCAACCACCUCCUUGCAUCGGACAGGGCACUGAAGGAGAUCAUCACGCCCAUUCUCUCCAGUAUUGUGAGAUUGGGUCGAGCUCCGAUCUUGCGUCCAACAGAGCAACGCGGCCGAAUUAGCAUCUCUGACGUCGAAGAAGCGCUCAAGACGGGAAUGCCAAAUGUUUUCAUCCGAACAUUGGCGAAACCAACCCAAUCUGGACCGCCCGCAGAGUUCCCAUGGGGGACGGUUGGCACUAACUCGGAAAACGACGCGAUAGAGCUGAGCAUCUGCAAAGAGCUUUGCGAUGUCCUCUGUCCGCUGACACCCAUCCCUAACGCGGCCUUGCAGGAGUCAUUCAAGCUCAUCCUCCUCGUGACGAUCGAGCAUGAACUGAUGCACGUCCUCACAAAGUUGUUUUUUGGCUAUACCUUCAUAACCCCACAACUACCAAACCUACAAAAGGACCGCGACGCCUCAGGCAACAGAAUUGGGGAGUCAGGACGGACUUUUGAGAUGUCCUACAUUGGUUUCCAAAUCCAAGCUGAAUGGGCUCUCCCUCUUGUCGAGCCCACUUCUGAUGGUUUCCCAAACCUCGAGAAAAUGGUCGCAUUGGUGGCACAGAUGCUGCAAGGGUGCCAAGUUUUCCGACUGGAGCCGCAAGACGUUCACAAUAUGGUCGCGUCUUUCUCAAGCAAGGAUAUAUGGAUUCCCAUGCUCAAAGAGUCAUAUCUGCCUCUACCCCCAAUCAACACUAACUGCACCCUGCGGUACAGUGUGUCUUUGCAAGGCCUUGAGGACGACGAGGAGGAAGAGCCCGAGUCAAACAAUCAGAACAGCUACCGUUUGGACACAGGCUGUGGCACCCACUCACUCCAGUGGGAUUCAUCGCGUGGGUUGGGCAUCUCCUUUCAUCCUCAACCAUGA